AUGCAGAGAUUACGUAAGGUACUGGAAUUUUACAACCGUCACAAAACUGUUCUGGGUUACAGCACUGUGUCCCUGCUGACAGCUGCCAGUGAGGAGAUCUUCUCUUCUGUGGUGUUCAGGUGUCCCUGCAAUUCUGGGAACAUGCUGUAUGGCUCUUUCUUCCUCAUAGUGCCUGCCUUCAUCCUCUUUCUGCUUGGCUACAUGGUGAACACCAGGAUAUGGCGCCUGUUGACAGGUAGCUGCCCUCUGAAGAAGUGCUGUGACUGCAGCCUCUCGGGAACCUGUGCCCAAUUCUGCCAGGUGUUGGUGCUGGUGACAGCCAGAGCCUUGGUGGCUCCACUCACCUGGAUAGCAGUGGCCCUGCUCAGCUCCGACUUCUACGUGUGUGCAGCCAGCGGGAACAGCCGGUUAAAGGAUCUCGUCUGUAAAGAUCGAGGACAAGAGUGCCAAGACCAGCUGUUCAAAAUACCCUGUGAUGAGGAGUUAUCAAGAAACAUACCAAAUGUAUUUCGCAGCCUUCAGGCAGAGUCCCAGUUGAUAGGGUGGUUCCUGAUAGCCUGCAUCACGGCUGUGGCACUGAUUUCAACAUGUAUCAGCCACUGUUGCUCCCCGGUCAGCUAUCUUCAGCUCAAAUUCUGGAAAAUUUACUCAGAAAAAGAACAGGAACUCUUUAAGAUCAAAGCCAAAGAGCAUGCAACCAACCUGGCAGAAAUAAACACAAAUUGCUUUUUUGAAGGCACUGAACCAGUAUCAUUUCAAACUCCCAAAAACGAAGACUGGAAGAAUAUUUCAUUCUUUUUUACAUUAAAUUCACAAGAGCAGUAUUACAGCAUGAUACACAAGUAUGUGAACACAACCAGAGACAAAAGCGCCAAAUCUGAGGAAGGAUGUCAAAGUCCCACUGGUGUAGAAGUUGUGGAUAAAACACAUUCAUCCACAUGA